AUGAAUUCACAAAAAGAAAUAUGCAAAUGUAAUACCUGUUUAAUUAUUAAUCCAAAUGGUCGAAUACUUAGUAAAAGAAUUAAACGUCAAUAUGAAAAAGCCAAAAAAUAUAUAUACGAUAAGAAUGGUAUUAUUAUCAGAAAAGUAUAUUCUAAAAAAAAAAGAGUUAACAAAUCAAAUAAUCGUAAAAAAUCACAAUAUAAUGAACAACAAAACUUAGAAUAUAAAAAUUUAGAAUAUGAAAAUUUAGAAUUAGAACAAUUUGGAAAUUUAGAACAGAAUAAUUGUUUAGAACAAUAUGAAGAUUUAGAAUAUAACGAUAAAUGUUUAGAACUAUAUAAUGAUGAAUUGAUAAAUUACGAUUUAGAUAAUCAUAAUUUAGCUCAAGAUAUUGAAG